AUGAUUUAUUUAUUUAUUUUAUUUAUUUCUUUAUCAAGUUGUACCGUGGCUCACCAGCAAAAUUCUAUUUCAAGGAAUGAACCCUGCAAGAGAGUUGUACUCUACUACCAUGACAUCCUCUUCGGAGGCAAUGAUACGGCCAACGCGACAUCUGCGCGGGCGACCAACGGGACCGGGUUAGGCAAAUUCGUGCUUGGCAUGUUGGUCGUGUUCGACGACCCAAUCACAAAAGACCAGCACCUACACUCAACCCCGGUGGCGCGGGCCCAGGGUUUCUACUUCUACGAUAUGAAGACCACUUACAAUGCCUGGUUCACAUACACAUUGGUGUUCAACUCGACCGAGUACAAGGGCACGAUGAACAUUAUGGGGGCAGACAUGAUGAUGGAGAAGACUAGGGAUCUCUCCGUCGUCGGAGGCACGGGCGAUUUCUUCAUGGCUAGAGGAAUCGCGACAUUUCAGACGGAUGAAGUCGAAGGGUUCAAAUAUUUUCGCUUGAAGAUGGAUAUCAAGUUGUAUGAAUGUUCCUAG